CAUUUUUGGGUGGUGGAGUGCAGAGGAGGUGACCUGUGGCAGAGGAGUCCCAGUGACCUGCAACCAUGACUGACCAGCAGGCUGAGGCUCGGUCCUACCUCAGCGAGGAGAUGAUCGCUGAGUUCAAGGCCGCCUUUGACAUGUUCGAUGCUGAUGGCGGCGGGGACAUCAGCGUCAAAGAGCUGGGCACCGUGAUGAGGAUGCUGGGCCAGACACCCACCAAAGAAGAGCUGGACGCCAUCAUAGAGGAGGUGGAUGAGGAUGGCAGCGGCACCAUCGACUUCGAAGAGUUCUUGGUCAUGAUGGUGCGCCAGAUGAAAGAGGAUGCGAAGGGGAAGAGCGAGGAGGAGCUGGCCGAGUGUUUCCGCAUUUUCGACAGGAACGCGGACGGCUACAUCGACGCGGAGGAGCUGGCUGAGAUUUUCCGAGCUUCCGGGGAGCACGUGACCGACGAGGAGCUCGAGUCUCUGAUGAAAGACGGAGACAAGAACAACGACGGCCGCAUCGACUUUGAUGAGUUCCUGAAGAUGAUGGAGGGCGUGCAGUAAAGAGUCGGCCCUCGCCUGCGCCAAGACGCGCGUCCCCUGCGCCUGGGCGGCUCCACCC